AUGGAUGCCCAGACACUGGUAAAUAGAUACAAGAAAGAGGGUUUGUUCGAUUUGAAGCGGCGCGAGUUGCUGGACAAUUUUGUUGCUUCGGAUGACUCAAAGCUAAACGAGCUUUUGGUGAAGCUGAUUGACCUCAAAGUGGAAAAGGACCCGGGAAUUCUUACUCAGAACAAAGGCCGAUUGGUGGCACUGAUACAGACUGAUCUGCUGAAACGCCAAUCGAGCAGGCCAUCAGGCGACAAAACACACGAAGAGGCAAUUGUGGACGAGAUCAACGAGCUAUUGACAGGGUAUGUAACCAAAGUGGUGGACGAUAACAAGGAGCUUAACGAAGAGCUGACGAGCAAGCUAAACGAAAUGAGACAAGGCGCCGAAUCCUCAUGA